UCCAAUCGCCGAGUGCAAACGAAAACGAACCUACAGUGGCGUUUAACACGGUUUUUACAAUAUAGUCGGUCGUUGUGUGCCGUAGCUUUUCAAUAUAAAUGGUGGAACCUGCGGUAUCGAGUGAGCGGUAGUAAUUAUGUUAAAUCAAAGUAUUUCACUCCAUGAAAACGAAAUGGACAGCGUCUAACGAUACCGUGAUAUGUCUUAUAACUGCAAAUAAAUGAAGUCGCAUAUUUUAAGACCCCUUAAACAAGGGGGAUCCCAAACUUGCUCGGCCAGUGUCUCGGAAUGGACGGAGAAGCGUGGCGCCUGUGUGGUAGUGGACAAGCUGAAAGCCGAACGGCGAGGUCGCGAGUGGUGCCGAACGAAAUCGAAUACAGCCGAGCCGGGACGGGACGAGCCACGAGACGCAUGCAACUGCGUGGCGGCGGCAGUCUAGCACGAGCCGCCGCUCAGGAGACACCCGUAGGGGACUUGCUUGUUUCAAGCGAGACGAUAUCGAAAUAAUGUGAUCACGCUAUCAAAGGAAUGCUCGCGUUAUUGGGUCUGGGUCAUACGUUGGGGCGGGCAGUGAAUGAACAAGAGAAGAUGCCUGGCCACCGUCAGCCUAACUCCCUAGAGGGGCUUAGCUUGGGACGCGUGUGUCAACAACUCGACGGGACGUGCCGACGGCUGCAGGUGCUUUCACAAGAAUCAUCUGCUGCUCAAGUAUUGGCCUACGCGAAGCAAACUAUCAGACCCUACUACAUAAAUGCACUGCCAGCACGUUUGAGAUCUCAAGUUAUACAAGAAACUUCCAAACUGUUAUAUGGACCAGCAUCUGAUGGAUCAACUUUAAUCUCUGGACCAGCUCCUCUAUAUCUAUUAGCCCUACUUCUUGGGCACGAUAUAAAGCAACUGAAAGUGAAUCUCUGUUGCUACUAUGGAUGUAGCCAUCAGACAUCGUUAUUGAAAUUGCUUGCAUCAGAAGGAAUUGGACUUGAAUCUUUAGAAUUGGCCAGAUCUGCUCUAUUAAGAUUGGACUGCAAAUUAUUGCGAUCCGCGCUUCUGAACAUGAAAAAUUUGUUGAGUUUAACUUUGAGAAACAUAGCUAGCGAUGCAGUGCUUCAAGUAGUAGGAAAAGCUUGUCCAAAACUUGUACUUUUGGAUGUGGCUUGUUCCAGACAAGUAACAGAUGUUGGAUUGAAGCAAUUACUGUUGCAAGUAGAACUUAGAGACAAAGUGCCUCAUGCUACGAUGCAAGAACCUACUAGCUGGUCUCGCCUAAAAACUCUACUCUCAAAAUUAAAAAUGAGGAAUUCUAAAUCAGAGAAAAAGGAAAAGCAAGGGGUACUGUUGGAAUACUAUGAGAGCAGAAACUUUCUCUGUGAUACGCUUAGAGUACUUAAUGUUGCUAAUACUCAGGUGACCAGUACGGGAGUACUUUUGGCAUUGGUACACGUUCCAAAAUUGGAAUCUUUGGCAGAAUACAGUCAUAUGGGAAGAGUGGUGGAAAUUAUGAAUAAAGGGUUCACUGGAUUUAGAACUCCAUUUAGCCUAACUCAAGCAAGAAGCUGCAGAACAACACCGGUUCGCUUAGAACUUUUAGCACAGGCAUGUCCGAAAGUGGAAAAAUUACAUAUCUCAGAGCCUCAUCAUCCUCCUGAAGCUUUAGGACUAUUUCCCUACAUUACAUCUCUCAGUGUACACAGUAUACCUCCUCAAAGAGAAUGGUUAGAUGGUUUUUACGAAUAUCUUCGCACCAACGGACAGAAUUUACGCGAACUUAAUCUCAGAAUAACCCAAAACGACAAUCUCAUACAAGUGGACUUGAAAGAAAUCUUUAGCAGCUGUACUAAUCUCAGAACGUUCACUAAUGAUGGUUCCAAUAUAACUUGGAGAGAAGGACCCGAUCCUCCUCCCUUAAAGUACUUAAAGAAAAUUCAAUUGGGGCGUAUAGUGAGUGCACUUGCUAUUACAAAAAUUCUUUCACUAGCGCCAGAGUUAACAGCCUUGCAUGUACAUAGUUGUUUUGAUCUCACAAAUGAACACUUGGAAAAGUUACUGAGUGCAUCAACUAAAAAGAAUACACGAAAAUCUGAUAAAUGUGAGAAUAGUUUAGUACAAAAUCUAACAUGUUUUUACAUAUACGAAGCCAGUAAAGUGUCUGCAACUACUGUGCUGAAUAUGUUCAAAAAUUGUAAGAGACUGAAAAAAAUUGGUAAUCUUGCCAAUUGGGGUUUAGAUUGUGAAGGUGUGAGAAUGCUAAGAACAACACUGACACGCGCUAAUUUGGAUGUAGAUCUGUGUCCAGGGGCACACUGGUUCUGGAGUAAUUGUAUUCAGUAACAGCUUUUUUUAAACUCGUAUUACAAAAGCAGCUCCUUAAAAAAUUCUGUCCAUGACACGAUUGGCUGCUAUAUAAUUUGGAUCUGUUAUACUUGAGUAGACUGUGAAAUUGUCAGUAUUAAAAAUUUAUCUUAAUAAAUAUAAGGCAAUUUAUAUCGGGAAAUACAUGAAGAAACAUUUUAUUAUAUAUUAGGUAUAAAUGAAAACAUAACUGGCAACAGUAAUUGGUCAUUUUAUCAUCUACUAAGAAAACUAUUUCUCCUUGACUUAAUAAACUCAGAAUUAACAUAUCUGUGUAACUUUACAGUUUGUUACAACUGAAUGUUGAAAUAUCUGACAAUUAUAUACUAAAUAUAACAUAAAAGAUUAUAUUACUAUGCCAUGUUAUAAUAACUUACUUUACAAUAAAAUAGUGUUCUAACAAACAAAUCAAAAUAUACUUGUAUUAUAAACUGUUAUUAUAUAAACUAAAACUUAAAAUUCCAUUAUGAAAUGUAAUGCCAAUAAGUAAAUUACGUGAUAAAAUACAUAAAAAUGAAAAUGGAUUGUAUUUAACUAUAAGGUUUUAAAUUGUAUAUAAGUACUUAAAUAUUUGAAAGAAGAAAAAAGUAAUAAAUGACUAGAUGAAUUCAAACUUGGUACACAUUUGUACUACAUUAUAAUAAAGAUCUACAUAGCACAUACUAUAUACUUAUAUCACUCUUUUGAUUUUAAUAAAAAUUCUUUAAAAAAGCUAA